UUUUUUCUUAGCGAUACACGAUUUUACUAACUACCACCUAUUUGCGCUUACUCCAGCGCUCUCUUAUUUCUAACUCUCUUAACUCUCCGAGGUCUCUUAACCCUCCUCAACCAAUCCAUUUCAUUUCCUAUCUCAUCAACUGCCUUCCCACUUUGCGCCAACUUCCGAUCCGCCCGUCUUCACCAAAGAAAGUCCAAUUAAUUGACAAGCACGACAGAUUUAGAACUCGAGAGGACCAGAUACUAAGAUACUUUUGAUUUAAUUGAACCCUAGAAAUAUCAAAAGUCUAUAAGACGUAAACCGUACAUCAUACAUCAUAUAUCACAUAUAUCUAAUACCUACGCCCACUUCGGCAUAUUAUACCGAACUCUUAUACCGAAUAAUAUAUUCUCGAAUGACUGUCGCCAUCGAUCCGGCCCUUUCUUCCUAACCUUGCGCCGCGCCUCGACGCUGGCUUGCCUCGUCCGAACUCCCGUAAUCUUUAAUAUUCGAUUGCCUACUUCACAAUGGCGAGUUUUCUUACCAAGUGGAAGACGGGCGGUGCUGUAAGUUGUUGGAUCCUAGCCCAAGACCACGGUAGAUACACGUAUAGCGUAGAUUGUAUCCGAGGUUCUCAAAGCUACAAAAAGCUACAAGCAUAGAAAUUACUCGAGCUUGCUGACACAGCAGUAGGCGGCUUCGGGUUCGGUGGGCAAAGACGUGCAAAAGAAGAAAGAGGAGGCUGCGCCGGAGGUUACCCCGUUAGAAAGAAUGCUUCAGACUGCUGGUACAUUGCGGCCCGAUGGAAGCGAUAAGUUUUUCGGCAUGGAGAAUUUUGGUAAUACAUGUUACUGCAAUUCGAUCGUCCAGGCCCUAUACUAUACCGUUCCGUUCCGAGAACAGGUACUCAAAUUUCCACCAUUAUCACCAUCAGACACACCUAACGGUAGUCGGCCGAGGGUUAACGUCCAAAUCAGAGCUGCUGCUGCUGUGAAUGGCUCUGCACACGGAGGCGCAAAUGGGAAUAAAAAGGGAAUCACCACGGCGGAGGCGAUGGAGAGAAGAAAGCAGAUCAACUCGGGACAGCCUCCGCAGGUUCGGCCAGAGGACAAACCUGACACGCCUGAAUACAAGAAAAAGCAAGCAAUGCUAAAAGGCCCCAUAUUGGAGUUGGCUCAGGAGAGCAACGAGACCUACGGAAUGGACGAGUGUACGUUUACAGGCCUAAGAGAUAUAUUUAUGGCCCUGGUCGACAGUACCGUUCGUACAGGAGUUCUCAGUCCACAGCGUUUCCUGGAGAUAUUCAAGCGCGACAACGAGAUGUUCCGAAAUUCUAUGCACCAGGAUGCUCAUGAGUUCUAUGGGCUUGUCUUGAACGAUAUUAUUUCAAAUGUCGAGAGUACUGCGAAACGGUUGUUGGACCAAGAAGUAGCUCGCAAUGAAGAUGGGGUUGAAGAAUCACUCAUAGCUGCCCUAGGAGCAGUUGCCAGGACAAGAGCGAACGGCACAAAUUCUCCUGGAACAGGCUGGGUUCAUAAUAUUUUUGAAGGCGUGUUAACAUCAGAAACGAAGUGCCUCACAUGCGAGACGGCAUCCCAGCGCGACGAGACAUUCUUAGAUUUAUCGAUCGACUUGGAAGAGCAUACUUCAGUCACAGCCUGUUUACAAAAGUUUUCAGCCGAAGAGAUGCUUUGUGAGAGAAACAAAUUUCAUUGCGAUCAUUGCGGAGGACUACAAGAAGCUGAGAAGCGCAUGAAGAUCAAACGACUACCCAAGGUCUUGGCGUUACAUUUGAAAAGGUUCAAGUAUACUGAAGACUACAGUCGCCUACAGAAACUAUUUCAUCGUGUGGUGUACCCGUAUCAGUUAAGGAUGUUCAAUACGACAGAGGAUGCCCAAGACCCGGAUCGAUUAUACGAACUCUAUGCUGUCGUCGUCCACAUUGGGGGCAACGCGUACCAUGGCCAUUAUGUUUCAGUCAUCAAGACAGAGGACAGAGGCUGGCUCUUGUUCGACGAUGAGAUGGUCGAACCGGUGGAUAAGCAUUAUGUUCGGAAUUUCUUUGGGGAUAAACCGGGCAUGGCUUGCGCCUAUGUGUUAUUCUACCAAGAGACGACCAUCGAGAAAGUGCGAGCGGAACAGGAAGCGGAGGGCCUUGAAGAAGUUAGGAUAGCUAGUGAAAAGGCCGGCGUUGCCCAAGAAGAUGGGCAACCAAAUGGCCAUGUUCCUGGGCUAUCAAGACAAUUAACUCAACCUACCCGACCAGCAGAGGAGCCCGAGGGAUUAAAGCUGAAUCAUGCUAUCACGGCGCCCGAUAUAACUAUCAGCCCAGCGAUCCACUCACCAGUAUUGCUACCUCAACUUGACGGAACAAUACCACCGGUCCCCCCAUUGCCACCAAGAACAAAUACGGUUAGGGAGGAAUCAAAAUCAAAAGAGGAAAGGAGCCGAGGGAAGAAAGAAGCCAAGGCCCAGGAAAAGGCUCGCAAGUUGGCAGAGAAGGAAGAGCUUAAGGCAAAAGAAAAGCAGCGCAAGGAGGCCGAUGCGCGGCUGCGAGAAGCUCGCAGGGUUGAACAAGACGAAUUAAGAAAGGCCCUCGAGGCGAGUAAAAAGAUGGCAGAAGAAGAAGAUGCCCAACGACAGGAAGAGGAUGAUAGUGUACCUUCUCUUCAGAGGCCAAUCAGAGGCAGUAAGACCAUGUCCAGGAAGAGCUUUGGGUUCUUGAAUAAGGAAAAGGCGAAGCGGGAUAGCUCCGAGGUAUCGGAGAAUGGGCAUGGUGCUGGACAUGGUGGGCAUAAUGGACAUAAUGGGCAGAACGGCGAGAGUGCGACACAUAGCCAGGUCAGGCCAGAGCCACACAUCAGGCUCAAGAAGAGCUUUAGCUUCAGUCUUGGGCGAAAGAAGAGUCAGGCCGCCCUCCAAUGAGGAAGUGUUACUCAUCAGGCGGAGUUAGGAGUUCUUUGUAUGGUGAUGAUUGACCCCUAUAUAACACUAGGAAAGUGUGACGGGUCUGGCAUUAUAUGGAGUUCUAGGAGCAACCAAAAGAAACAUGCCGGAUUUUGAGCAUUUCUGGAGGACAAGGGUCAAAGCUGAUAUUCGGAUUUGGAUACUCUGUAGAGGGGCGAUCGCUUUGCAGUAACUAUCUCUGAUUCCGUGUAGCAUCACGAGAAUCAGAUUUUGCCACAUAUCGUCAGGAGACUGUGUGUAUGGCUUAGCUACCUACAUAGUUAGGUGCCUACCUCCCAGCCUACCUACUUACCUGCCUAGUAGGCAAGUAGCUGUAGCAUGUCGCGUCUUCUCCAUAUAGAUGGGAAAGCAGACGAGAAGCUUAUGUAACUGCUUUUAAUUACCACCUACGAGGUGAAUGCAAAUGUGCCA